CGGUGCACAGUUGUGGAUUAUUCUGACAGCGACUGUCGUAGAGUGAACACGUUUAUCGCGCGUUGAAAAGAGUCGUGGACAAAUAAGAAUAAAACGAUUCCAUAGACAUGUGUCUGAUUCGAACGGUUUCGUGAAUACUUUGUGCGAUUCAAAACAAUUCGCCUAAAAAGGCAUGUGAAUAGAUUAGCAGUGAGUUACGUUGCAGUAACAUCUAUAAUAAAAUAAAACUGAGUGAAGUGAAGUGCUUCGAAUUAUCCAAUGAAAAAGUGAGAAAAAUAUAUCUUUUGAUUAAAACUAAUUGGCACACAUUUCCCAAAGCAGUGAUUUACAAAUAGUCUCGUGAUUUCGGCCGCUAAAAUUGCUGAAUUUAUCGCGACCUCGCACCAGCAGCAACCGAGUUCAGGUUCUCCAGCAGCCGCGAAAAAACAUUUAUUUAUGACUAAAAUGAUUCCGCCGCUGCCCACCUCAGCCGUUCUAAUGCCUACGCCAAAGCAAAAGAUCGGCUUUAGCAUCGAGUCAAUUGUGGGCAACAAUGCAGCCGCAUCGCCGACACAAAGUGCCGUCGGUGUCGGCAACCAUCAGCUUUCAGGGGAGCAACUAAAUGUUGCGAAUACGACAAGUGCCCGUAGUGCACCCAGUUCUCCACCACAGACCCCACCCGCUGCUUCCCACACAUCUGGCGCCGCACAUGUUCCGAGCGCGUCAGUUUUAUCGGCGUUGCCACUGACACCGCACUCCCAUCCACACAAUGUGCAUCCACAUUUGUCACCCGCUCAGCAACACGCUCUUCAACAGCAUCUAUUGCUUCAACAUCACCAACAGCAGCAACAGCAACAUCAACAAUUAUCUCCCAAUAACAGUGCACCCAUGCGGCAGGACAUCCAAGACAUUAUCCAGCGUCUACAUAGCUCAGCCGCCGCUGCUGCCGCUGCCAAUUUGAGCAUACAUUCUGCCGGCCCUUAUAGUCCACCGCCAUCAACACAAACCCGUCUUACUUCGCCCGAGAAUGCACCAACUGUUCCACAUAUGUUGCACCUCAAACGUGAGCGUUCACCAUUACCGCCGGCUAGUGAACAGGCUCAACAUCCCGCCCAACGUCAGCAACCUAAUCAGCAACACCCUCAGCCACCGCAUACACCACCCAAAUCCGUCUCACCUUCGUCUUCGCAUCCCUCAUCUCCACCUGCCAUGAUGCCCGGAAGUCCUGUCUCGCUGCCUACGCCUACGCAACAAGCACCGCAACAGCCAUUAACGCCACAAUACCCAAAGCCACCAACCGGACUUGGUUCAGGAGCUGGUCCCAUGCUUAUGCCUGGAAUGCCACACGCUCCCGGUUUAGUGCGCCCAUUUCCCGUUAUUGGUCCCGGCGGUAUUGUACCGCCUCCACAGCAAGGCAUGCCCGAUAUAAAAGCGCUGCCACCUUAUAUCAAUGCACCGCCACCAGAGCUACCGCCUCAACAUAAUCCACACCUAAUCGCCGCCGCACAAUUUCAAAUGGCGGCCGCCCUGCAGGCUGGUCACGUUUUAGGAGGUGGACUGCCGCCACACGCCGGACCCUUCAUGACGAGCCCUGGUAUGCCACGCGACAGCUACCCACUGUAUCCAUGGCUAUUGAGUCGACAUGGCCGCAUAUUUCCGCACCGCUUUCCAGGAAAUUUCUUGCUUCAGCCUUUCCGCAAACCCAAACGUAUACGCACCGCCUUCUCGCCCUCGCAGUUACUAAAGCUCGAGCACGCCUUCGAGAGCAACCAGUACGUCGUUGGCGCUGAACGCAAGGCGCUCGCUCAGUCCCUCAAUCUCUCCGAGACUCAAGUGAAAGUGUGGUUCCAGAAUCGCCGCACCAAACAUAAACGCAUGCAACAAGAAGACGACAAAGGCGACGGCUCACAUUCCGAUCGCAGCCGAAAUCCCGCUAGCUGCGACGAGGAUGACGAUGAUGAGCUGAUCGACAUGGAAAUGGAUGAUUGUCCCAGCGACGAGGAGCACGACCUCGACGCGAGCCAUUGAAAGCGAUUUGGCCUCCUAGAGAAAAUAAACAGCGAGACGUGUGUAAAUAGUGAGAGCUCACAAGAGCUUCGAGCAUAAUGCGUGGAUAUGAGAGUUCCUUAAUUUAUUAACAAAAGAAUCGUGAAUUCUUUUGGUGUGUGAGUGGAUGUGUGUGCUAGACAAAGUGUCUAAAGUCUAAAGCGGCAAAUUGCAGGCGAACGACGACAACUAUGUGAUAUAAACUUAAAUUGUAUGAUUAUAGGCAAAUGACGAAGCUUAAUUAAUGGCGGUAAUUUAACAGUUAUAAAUAAUUUAAUGUAGAUCAGUAGGCGUUCGAUUAGUUAGUGAAAAGUGUUUGCAGAAACUUAAUGUCGCAUUUAAGGAGCGUAGCAAACGUUGUACAUAUGUGUAUGUAUAUGAAUUUGAUUAUGCGUAUACAAUUAUUUCAAGUAUUAAUAAGACCCAAAAACGAACUAAAACUAAAACCAAAUUAAUGUUAAAAUCGAUCAUCUACAACUAGCGAGGGAUCGACGGCAGCCACCUUCUCGUGAUGUGCCAAAUUUAUAAGAAAUGCCGGAUUUGAAUUUCACUUGACAAUGAUCAGUUUUUGAAAGACAAUGACGAUGAGACAUAAAUAUUAUACACCAACUAAUUAAGUAUUUCCAAUGGGACGGAUCAUUAAACUAAUUGAAAACUUUAUUUAUUUUUUGUUGUUGGAUUUUUUAUUUUUGUAACAAAAGUCUAAUUUGGUUUAGCAUUUAAGUGUAGUAAAGAGUAGUUUGUAUAUUAUUAAAUAGUUUUAAGGACAGCAAUUGAAAAUGCAGAGAGAAAAGAGUUGGAAAAUAAAGAACUAAAUAACUAGAAAAUCACAAA